AUGGUCAGCCCUCAGAUCACCAACCUGAUCAUCAUGCUCGGCAUGGUCCAGGUCUCGCGCAAGGUCCCCUUCGAUGACCCGAACGUCCUGAACAUGUGCCGCGCCGGCUACAUUGCCAGCAACGUCCUGAUCGCCAUCCUGUACCUCUACGUUCAGGCUCAGAUCAACAAGAAGAAGGACCUCACCACCCUCAAGUACGUCGAGCCCGCCCCAAUGGGCUCCUCUGAGGAGGGCAAGCUCGUCACCACCACCAUCCACGCCUACGACUCGACCCAGCUCCGCCAGGCCUUCCGCUCUCAGGCCAUGGGCAUCGCCAUGAUGGCUUUCAUGCACAUCUACAUGAAGUACACCAACCCCCUCCUCAUCCAGUCCAUCAUCCCCCUCAAGUCCGCCCUCGAGAGCAACCUCGUCAAGAUCCACGUCUUCGGCCAGCCCGCCUCCGGCGACCUCAAGCGUCCCUUCAAGGCCCCCGCCGGCAUCAUGCAGGGUCUGCAGUCCGGUCCCGCCCAGAGCGACAAGAAGGCCGUCGAGGCCGCCGAGCGUUCCGGCCGUGGUGGUGCCAAGGAGGAGUAA